AUGCAGCACGGCUCGCCGGCGUAUCUCUCGGCAUUCACGAAUCAUACCCGUGGUCGAGAGAUUUUGGCGACAUGGCUUUCAGAUGCGACGCCACCACGCAAGUCCGAUAUGGAAGAUAUAAGCGACAUGUACGCUACGGUUGUUGAACCUUUACUGGCUCUUUUGCUUCGACUUCCGAUUGAACUAGAGCACCUUAAAGACCAUGUAGGCCUAGGGAAGCUGAUUACCGGUGCCCAAAAACGUCUUCGCAGUGAACAUGCUCGAAAGCUCGCAGAUGAAGUGAAAGAAAAAUGGAGUGCGCUUGUGCCAUCUAGUACAGCAUCACGGGCUCAGAGCGCGCCGCCACUCUCGACGACAGUUAAGCGUCCCGCAGCCACGAACUCAUUGCAGGACCCCACUACUAAGCGUGCGCGCAGCAACAGUGCAUCAACGGCUGUGCCACCCACUCGAUCUGCAGUUGGAGCUUCAGUGCGCCCCGCCUCAAGCAUGUUAAUGUCUGGCACGUCGCGGGCGCGUACGGCAUCCGCGUCGACGCAAUCAGAGCGACGCGGCUCGCCGCAGAUUUCUGAUGCUAAGCCUUUGACAAGCUCGUCCGCAGCCACCCGAAGAUCAGUAUCGUCACGCUCGGCGUCUGCACAGUCCAAUGCGAAUAGGGACUUGGCAAGUUUCAUGACACUUAUAGAUCAACCGCGGCCUAGCCCACCACCAACAGCAUCUGCUUCUGCGCCUGUGUCCGCUGGAGAAGCCUCUUCAACCUCUUCUGUUGAGUCUGGUACUCAGCCCAAGAAACGCAAAAAGACUGUUCAUUGGAGAGACCACGAUGGUCAAGCACUUGUGGCUGUCAAAUUGAUCGAACCCGCUGUCUAUGAAGAAGACGAGCAAGGCGGCAUUGCCAGUGUGGGCCAGCUUGAUAUGGAGGAAGGCGGUGCUUUCCGUCUCGCGCAUGCCGAUAUGGAAGAGUACAUUGAUUACUAUCCUCCGCGAGAGGUGAGCCUAUCUGUCCUUUCGCCCAUGAUACCUGAAUGCGGUGCACACAGCGAAGCAAAACAGAUCCAAGCUGAGUAUGAAAACGAUGUGGCUGAAGUCACGUAUUCUGAGCCAAGCAUGAUCCCAGAAAGUCCUGCUGAGCCUGUGCAGGAUGCAUAUCUAUCAGCCUUUUCUACAACGCUCAAUGAGCCCCGGGUCAUGACAACCGGCUCUGUGAUACGACCUUUUGUAUUUGACCAAAUUUCAUCCCCUUCCGUCUCCACGUCAUCCAGCAGCUCGAUACCUGGCCUACCUUCAAACCUAGCAGAUUUAUUGCAACAACUCAAAGACGAAAGUACCACCGCAACCUCUUCGCCAACGACAUCUUUGACAGCCCCAACGUUAUCAGAAGUACCAAAGACUCCACCUGCAGCAAUGCCCAUGCCUAUGCCAGUGCCCACAUCACAACCCAGUAUGCCCUCGGAUGCACCCACAAAUGAAUCCACCAUUCCUUUGCCACUACCUUUGUCACCGUGGGGCGGCCUCCCUGGUAUGCUACCGCCACCGUGGCCAUUUCCCUCAUUACCUACAUCUGAAGCUAUGACUACUAUGCAGACAACAGUGGCACCCAUGAACAUGCCUGAACCAGAUUCAAAGACGCCAUCAGAAACUACACGCUCUCGCGCUGGUCGGCCCAAAAGGACAGGAAAAUAUUCGCGUCCUCUUGAGGGGUAUGUAUGA